AUAACCGUUUUUCUAACUUACUUUCAGUUCUGAUGAAACCAAGUACCACAAAUUAAGUUAAAAGUUGAUUCAUAAAGUUUUCAGUGAAUGUUUCUUGCAAGUCAUGACAACACUCCCUUCCCUCUCUUUGGCUCCACUCACAUUAGCCUGCAUAAUAGUAAGAUAAAUGCAAAUUUAACAAACCUAUGCUCCAAAACAAAAAGCUGAUCAAAGCCGAAUAGGAAAGGAAGUUGAAAGUUCUAUAGUCCAUGAUCAUGAACAAUCAUGAAGAACAGAAGCUACCUCUCCUUCACAACAUGGAGGUUCCAGAUUCUAAGAGAAGCCUCAUUAAGAGAGCCAUAAGUCAAACAUUUCAAAGCACAGCUCAUUUGGCCAACCUCUUACCAACUGGCACUGUCCUUUCUUUCCAACUUAUGUCCCCAAUAGUCACAAACCAAGGCAAGUGUGACUCAGUUAGCAAGUUGAUGACUUCUACACUUGUGGCUCUUUGUGCUGCCUCUUGUUUCUUCCAAUGCUUCACUGAUAGCUUCAGAGAUUACAAGGGGAAUGUUUGUCAUGGCCUUGCCACCUUGAGGGGCUUGUGGGUCAUUGAUGGAUCCACCACCCUUCCACCUCAACUUGGUGCAAGAUAUAGGUUGAGGUUCAUUGAUUUCAUGCAUGCAGUGAUGUCAAUUUUAGUCUUUUCAGCUGUUGCAUUGUUUGAUCAGAAUGUGCUCAAUUGCUUCUUUCCAUCACCUUCAAAUGAGACACGGGAAAUUCUAACAGUGUUGCCUGUGGCCAUUGGGAUUUUUUGCAGCAUGCUGUUCGUAGCGUUUCCCACUCGGAGACAUGGAAUUGGGUUCCCACUUUCAGCAAAGUAAAUUAUGUUGGACCGUUUCCAAUGUCAGAUUGUGUCAUCAAUUCAAUUCGAUCAUUGUCUCUAACAUUAUACAGGAAUUCAAUUGAAUUUCAUUGUUCUGAUAGCACAUGAAUAAAGUAUUUGUUUACCAAGGGAUAAAUAUGUCAGUCUAUGCAUGGAAUUUGAAGAGGGGAUCAGAUUCAAUUUUCAACGCGGACUCAUCAAACGACUAGAUAAAUAAAUACAUGGUUCUUUAUUUUUUUGUGCAUUGAUUCUAUUGGGUUGACUAUAUUUAAGGCGCCGGUUCAAUGUUCAUAACAAGCCGGUUUCUGAAGCUU